CUCUUCCCUUCAAGGUAUUCAACUCUAUCAUUGUUGCGUGCGAUUCGUUUGCACGUUUCCGAAUAAGUUAUAGGGUUUUACUGUUCGUUCUUUGUUUGUUCUCUAGCGAUAAAUCUUCACCAUAGUAAUGGUUGGGCAUAUGAAGAAGAAACUCACUUGUGUUAUCAAAAACUUCGGUUUGCAAGAUGACGAGUUCCACUACUACUCUCCACCCUUCAAGGUGGCCGACUGUGAUUGGCGUCUUAUUGCUUUUCCCAAAAGAGAUACGGAUGGUGGCUACUUGUCCAUGUAUCUGGAUCUGGCUCCUGAAUCUUUGCCUCCAGGAUGGAGAAGAGACGUGAAGGUUAGCCUCACUCUUGUGAAAAAGGGACUGGCUCCUCAAUCUUUGAACCAAACAUUAGUAGGGAAAGGCUGUUUUGACGCAGAGAAUAACAUUUGGGGCUUUGAAGAGUUCUUGCCUCUUUCAAAACUAUGGAGAUACCUGGAUGAUUACAAACUCACCAUCAUCGCUGAACUAGACGUUAUCCCAGCUAUUGUGUUACCAGAGGAACCUGUGAUCAUUAUUGAACCAUCUCUGAGGUGCAAUCAAGCUGAUGAUGCAUCUGUCAGCAGAUCUCAGGUGGACCAAGUGUCUUGUCAAGUGGAGCAAAAACCUGAGAACCCAUCAAACCAGGACUCAGAUAAUGCACUUAAGGAGAUUCAACCUGUAAAGGAGACAAUAGAUGUCAAUGGGUUUGAGGUUUUGUCUUGUCAGGUAGAAUCUGUGAAGCUUAUAUUCGAGAGACACCCAGACAUUGCUGUGGAGUUUAACGCAAAGAACCAACAUCUCAGGAACGCAUGUCUGAGUUUCCUGCUAAGCUUGGUGGAGACGUUAUGCCAGUCACUUGAGAAGCUCUCCAGUGAAGAUCUUGUGGAAGCAGACAUUGCGUUGACAUACUUGAAAGAUGCAGGGUUUAAGGUGGAUUGGAUGGAGAAGAAGCUAGACCAACUAAAAGACAAAAAGGAGAAAGAGAAGUCUUGUUUGGCUCGGCUCCAAGAGAUCGAGGAAAAUCUACAGAAACUGAAGCAGAAGUGUUCAGAGCUGGAUGUUCUUGCCGAGGAGGAGAAGGCUGACUUGUCAACCACAAGAACUGCUUUGUCUUUCGAUGAUAUUGUUUGAUUUGAUGACUUGACUUCUUAGGCAAUUUGGUGUUCUGAUAUCUUACAUUAUCCAUUGGUUUUCUAAGUAGGAGGUCCUCUUGUAACUAUGACAUUCUGUGGUAAAGUAUAUUGCCACAACGUUUUUUUCUUCUAACAACUUUGUUCUCUUA